AUGCUUGGUGGUAAAAAUAGAACCACUACUUUUGGAAAGAGCAAUACCUUGAGAAGAGCAAAUAAUACCCAAGCAAGAAGACAACUGGAACUAUGGGAUGAGCUUCAACAAGAAACACAUCAUCCUGCUCGCAUGGCAACACCAUGCGUGGCAUUGGAUCAUCCAUCGCAAACUCAGUCCAACAGCUUGCCUCGGCAACUCAUACCCAACUCCCAUCUGCCAUCGACUACAGUCAAAACAUCAAAAACUGAGGAUAUUUCAAAAACAGAUGCUGCAUCCUCUACUUGUUCGAGCAAUGCAUCUGCUCAAACGUGUCAAUCAGAGUCCAUAUCCGACCAUUCUCUACGGACCAAUAAACGCCUGCUUGACCAGUUGCACUCGGAUCCUGUAGCUACAGCUCAAUCUAAAACAAUAAUGGAUCCCCUUCAAGAAAUUUUUCAAAAGUUGGAUCUAGCACCAGACAAACUAGAUAUCAAGCCGCAAACCAAUGACGAUCUCGAGCUCAACAGCGCAUCCAAUUCAUCAUUAAAUCAUCUACUCAAUCUAUGCAAUCUAGAAUGUCCUAUUCCAAUGACCCAUUUUGUUUUUGGAGGUGAAUUGAUUGAAAAGAUUGGCGAAGCUACAUAUUCAGACGUGUAUUCAAUGUGGAGGAUGAGCAAAUCAAAUGAAAAGGAAUUGGUAGCAGUAAAGGUGAUACCUGUUGGUCAGACAGACUAUGGCGAUCAGUUGUCCUUGGAUGCAGUGGCUCACGAGAUUCACAUUACUCAAACUAUCUCUAAAACACAACGGACAAAUCAAACUCUAUGCUCGCAUCUCAACUUUGUGGAUAUGGUGCAAGUUAGCGUAUGUACUGGGCCAUAUUCCAAGCAGCUUUUAGAUCUCUGGCAGGAUUUUGACAGUCAAAAAGGUUCAGAAAACAUGUCGCCUAACGAGUAUGCUGAUAAGCAGCUCUAUGUUAUCAUGAUGCUCAAGCACGAAGGCAUAGAUUUAGAACAUACAGCACUUGUCAAAACAGCUGCACAUGUAAAAAGCGUUUUACUUCAAGUUUUGCUUACAUUAGCUCAAGCAGAGCAACAGAUGCAAUUUGAGCAUCGAGAUCUACAUUGGGGGAACAUUCUUAUUAACACAACCUUGCUAAAUUCAAUCGAGUAUUCCCUAUCAACACCCUCGAUCAACCGUACAAUCUCUGUUCCUACAGCAGGAAUCAAGAUUACAAUCAUAGAUUUUGCAUUAUCAAGGCUUGAAUAUGGCAGCGAAUUGAUGUUUAUGGAUCUUGAGCGAGAUCCAGAGUAUUUCACUGGCCCUGGGCCAAAGGAAAAAGAUGGAGAUCUUCAAUUUGAUAUUUAUAGAUUAAUGCGAGAGGCAGUUGAAAAGAAUUGGAAACAGCGGUGCUCCAAAACAAAUAUUUUUUGGAUCCACUACCUCUGUGACAAACUCAAGUGUGUUGCGUUGCCUCGAUCAGCAACACAGAAAAAACUAGAUCGACUUGGCAAACAGGUUUUGAAAUAUAAUAGUGUUUUGGAUAUGAUCUUGUCAGAAAUGACAGACACCAAAAGUAUCUUGUUUUUGAAUACAAAGAAAUGCUCUAGACCACUGUAG